CCCAACUUAAAACAAAAAGAAACCCUACCGCUCAUUCAACGUCGCGCGUUGCUGUUGCUGAGUUCCUGCUUGCUUGGUUCUUCCCCCAAAAACAACAAAAAUGGCUGCUUCUUCAGUUCUUUUAUAAAAGCGAGUGAGAGUUUGUAGUUACAAAGUGAUGAGGGUGAAGAUGAAGAAGAAGAAUCAAAAGGCUGUUGCAGAGGCCGAUGGUGGUGAAGAUUUGGAGUGUGUGAUCCAUGAGCAUACCCUUUUCUUUGACAAGUUGAUUGAGCUCAUUCCUGCCAAGUUUUAUCUGCCAACUGAUGAUAACGAGAAGCCAUGGUUUCAGGGUCUAAGUAAGGCUGCAAAAGCUGUGGCAAAGAAAGAAACUAAGGAAAAUAUUAAGAAGUCUCGUAGAGACCGUUUAGACCCUGAGAAACCUUCUGCAACUACACUUGACCUGCUCAAGCAAAGUUUGGGAAAAGAAAAAGUUGAUGACAGUGAUGAAGAGCAGGGUGUGGUUAAGCCUUUUAUGUCAGGUCUUGAAGGAGAUGAUAGGUCUGUGACGUAUGAAGAACUUAGGCAGAGGCUUCAUCGCAAACUUGAAGGGUUUCGGGCAGGUCGUAACUCUGCCGGAAAUUCGGACAGAGCUAGGAAAAGGGAGGAGAGGAGUGUUAGGAGAGGAUAUGAGGACAAGAAACGUAAGAGGGAUAUUGAAACUGAUGAAAGUAAACCUGCACCUGAUGAGUCAGCGGAGAAAGUGAAGAAGGAUGCUGCCGAGGCUUCCAAGGAGCUUGUGUUUGGCCAUGUUAAACUUCUGAAUGAGGAAAUGCAAGGGCAGAAAAAGAGAAAAGUUUCAAAGUUUAAGGAACUUGAGAAGGCAAAGAAGUUGGAGGAAGAGAAGAAGAAAGAUCCUGAGAAAGUUGAAGCUUUUGCUAAAAAGCAAUCAUGGAAAGCAGCAAUGAAUAGAGCUUCAGGGAUUAAGGUCCAUGAUGAUCCCAAACUGAUACAAAAAAGCAUACACAAGGAGAAGAAGAGGCAGCAGAAAAAUGCAGAGAAGUGGAAGGAGAGGGUUCAAACAAGGGACCAGUUGAAGGCAGAGAAGCAGCAAAAAAGGUCAGAAAAUAUAGCUGAGAGGAGUCAUCAGAAGAAAAUGCGGAAAAUUGCAAAGAGAGAGAAAAAGCUUUUGCGGCCUGGCUUUGAAGGUCGCAAGGAAGGUUUUGUUAAUGAGGGUUCCGGCUAACAUAGGUUUGAAGUUUAUUGAUUUUUGCCUUGUCUUUGUAUUGUUAUUAUCUUGCCUUCAAAAAAUCGGAGUGUUCCUGUGUGUUACUGAUAUUUUGGCAAUUUGGCAGUCCUUUUGACUAUUUCUGAUUAUCACUGGAUUAAAGCAUUUUGUUUAGCGAUAGUUAAUCAUAGGCUGUUGGUUUGCAUCUUAUCAUCGUAGGCUGAUGUACCUGUUCAUUGGCUCAUGCUAUUUAGCAAAAAAAAUUAUUCAUUCCCCCUCAAGUAAAGAACUAUUGUUGCAUUUCUUCCCUAAGCUGCAUCUGAACUUGCUGUAGUGGUUAACUGUUACUUCUUCAAGUGUGCCAUGCAGAAUUUCUGCCAUUUUCUAGUAUGAAUACCAAAAUCAAGUAACACUGGUUCUACU